GUUCCCUUCUACUUUUUGUCCAUGUGAAAACGUACCGUUUACAAGAUGUUCAUUUAUUUUAGCAGACAUUUGAGCAUCAGUUAUGUUCAAGCCAUAGUCCAAGAUUAAAGCCAGGCUACUGAGGUAGACAGAUAAAAGCAAGAUUCUAAUAGUAUGUAAGGGCUGUGAGAUGUAUGCACAGGUUCUCAUGAGAAGACGGAUGGAGAGCAGUGUCAGUGCCCUCCAUUCAGAAGCCACCAGGAACAUCUUUAUAGCUGAACAAGUUGGGCUUACUGUAGUGGAAGAGAAUACAUAAAGCCAUGGGACAUCUCAUUUAAAGGGUGUUAGAGGAGUGGUGCCGUGGCGGCGGAGGAGCGCAGCGCGGUCUGCCAGCCGGAGAUGCGUGACGUUGUGUUCUGAGGAGCGGCCAGCGGCGCGAUGGAGCGGGCCAGGGACCGUUUACACUUGAGACGGACUACAGAACAGCACGUACCAGAGGUGGAAGUCCAAGUCAAACGAAGAAGGACAGCCUCACUGAGCAACCAGGAGUGUCACGUGUACCUGAGGCGAUCUCAGCAGCAGCAAGUACCUGUGGUGGAUUUCCAGGCAGAACUGAGACAGGCAUUCUUAGCUGAGACACCAAGAGGUGGUUAAAGAAGUAUUGGAACACCAAGAAAGUUGACUGUACAUACAU